UUUAAACUGCAAACAUGCAAUAUUGUGCUUGGUACUGCGGGAGAGUUGGCCAGAGAGCAGCAGGGAAGGCAUGGGGCAUAACGUGUGCAACGGGCAAGGUACCCAGCUUGGGGAGCAGACAGACCUAGGAGCAGAUGUGGAAGGGUCCCCUGGCUGCUCCCUCCUCUGGGUUAGUGGCCCAACGACCAAUGAGCCAUCUGAGAAGACACUAGAGAUGUGUGAGUUUGGGAAAGACCACUCUAUUAUCUGCCGUCGGCUUGAUGAGCGACCGAGGGAAGAACAUACAGGUUCUGGUAUUUGCUUCAGCUCUCACCGUGUUCCUUUGAUACCAGCAUUCUCUGUAUUUGGCAUUUUAUUCCUCGUGAUUGUAGGUUUGGCUGUUUCAUUUCCCACAGGUGCCACAGAACCCAGCCCAGUAUGUCAACCUUGUCACUAUUCUGCCCCCUGUGAGGAGGACUGGAUCUGGUACCGGGGGAAAUGUUACUAUUUCGCUGAGACGUACGAUGAGUGGAACAACAGCCAGAGCUUCUGCGUUUCCCACAAUGCAUCUCUCUCUCUCAUCGAUACCCAGGAGGAACUGGAUUUUCUAAGGAGACAUAAGGGGCUCUAUGACCACUGGAUCGGGCUGUACAGAGACACUAAUGAGCCGGGGUGGGUCUGGGCAAAUGGAUCCAUGUUCAGAAAUACGUUCCCUAUAGUAGGAGACUCCCCGUGCGUGUACCUUAAUAACGGCCAUGUUGGCAGCGCGGCUUGUCACGGAGACAAGAAGUGGAUCUGUAACAAAAUGGACGCCAACGGUCACAUGACACAUUUUUACUAGGAGACACUAUGAGAUGUUGCCCACAUGUGUCUGCAGCUGCCCACGUGCCAGAGAGGGUUGUGCCCAUUCCCCUCGUGGGCUGCGCUGCACUGAGGAGUCCCAAACAGGACGAAACACAGCGUUAAUUAAUGCUACAGAGUAGCCCUGAAUGGGAAACCUACCUCCGGCUGCAGCUACAGAUGUGCAUUGAGUUCCCGACUCCUACUCACUCACAGUGACUGGCAAAUGUUCUGUACAGCCUGUAGAAUGGCUGGGAAUCUAUCCUAUCUAUCUAUCAAUCAUCUAUCUAUCUAUCUAUCUAUCUAUCUAUCAUCUAUAUAUCUA